CAAGCCAAGAAGCCCAACCAACCCGCGCCGCGCCGCGCCGCGCCCCGCUUGCGCAAGAACUCGGGAGAAAACGAGAGGCUCGUGCUCGUGCGUGCAACAAACGGGGCCGUCCGUCCUGUCGCCUUCGUCUUCCUUGGUUUCGCCGCCGCCACCCCGGCGAUCUCCGUCGGCCCGCCCGCCCGCCCGCCCGCCGCCACCGCGGAUCUCUCCAGGGAGGAGCGGGCUCGGUUUCACCGACCAGCCGGAGCUAUAAGGCUCGCCCCCCUUCGGCCCCCCGUCGAGUCGCGGAGGUUACCGGUUCUGUUCUCCGAUUCCUUGCCUCCCAGGAUGGCCGCGUCCACAUCCCAGCAUGCGCUUGUAUCCGUCAAGUCGCUGUGUGCCGGUGCCAACUUUGGUCUUGAAAAGAGAACCAGCCAAGUGCGUUUUGUUUCAGUAGGACAGUGCCGCCCAGGCACCCGGAAAUUGGGUCUGGUUUGCUCUUCAAACUCGCAGUCUUCGGUCAUGGAGCCGGCUCAGCUACCGUUGAGUCCCCAGAGCGGAAGCUCCCCAAAGAAAUCAAGUGAGAGCGCACUCAUAUUGAUUCGGCAUGGUGAAUCGUUGUGGAAUGAGAAGAAUCUAUUUACUGGUUGUGUUGAUGUGCCCCUUACCCCAAAGGGUGUCGAUGAGGCAAUUGAGGCGGGUAAAAGGAUAUGUAAUAUCCCAGUUGAUGUGAUAUACACCUCGUCACUUAUUCGUGCUCAGAUGACCGCUAUGCUUGCCAUGAUGCAGCAUCGUCGUAAGAAGGUUCCAAUUGUUGUGCAUAAUGAGAGCGAACAAGCUCAUAGGUGGAGCCAGAUAUACAGUGAAGAGACAAAGAAGCAAUCAAUUCCUGUUGUAACAGCUUGGCAGCUGAAUGAACGAAUGUAUGGGGAACUGCAAGGCCUUAACAAGCAAGAAACUGCUGAUCGUUUUGGCAAGGAACAAGUUCAUGAAUGGCGUCGCAGUUAUGACAUUCCUCCCCCAAAUGGCGAGAGUCUGGAGAUGUGUGCAGAGAGAGCAGUUGCUUAUUUUAAAGAUCAAAUUGUACCUCAGCUUGUGGCAGGAAAACAUGUGAUGAUUGCUGCCCAUGGGAAUUCACUUCGUUCAAUCAUAAUGCACUUGGACAAGUUGACUUCUCAAGAGGUAAUCAGCCUUGAACUGUCCACUGGCAUUCCUAUGCUGUAUAUAUUUAAGAAAGGGAAAUUUAUCAGACGUGGGAGUCCGUCAGGACCCUCUGAGGCAGGUGUCUAUGCUUACACCAGGAGCUUGGCUCAGUACAGACAGAAGCUCGACAACAUGUUUCAGUAACCAUCUGUAAGCUCUGUUUUCACCAGCAUCUGAGGAAUUUUCAUCCGUCGAACAUACAUUCUCUCCCAUCCGCCACAAGUGGUUAAGCGUACUAUUCAGUAUCGGCUGCACCUUGUAGCAUCCUUUCUUCUUAUUUGUUCCGUUUGAAACCAUGCAACAUGUAACAUGAAAUUCUAGAGACUUUAGGGACAAAUUAGGUGAUGACCUAGAAGAUACAAACGGGGAUGAUUUUACAUCGCCAUUCAUAAGAUGGAGGUUAUUUACACUAGUGCGAUAACAGAAAUUUGUAAUGGAUUAUAUACUGGAGAAGUUGUGAGCUAUUCUGCCUUUUUUACUUCUGGCGAACGAAUUCAAGUUGAACCUUCUCUUCAACAAUUGUUUAUUCAUUCCAAUAAGGGAUUUGCUCCGGUCCAAUAAAAAGUACCUCUAGA